CUUCAUUUAUCAUUUUACAUUCUUUCUCCUUCAGACAGGAGAGGCGCCAUUCUCAUCAUCUUCAUCUUCAUCUUCAUCAUCUAUCUCUAACCCUUCCUUCAAAUUCAUCCCUUUUCCUUUCAUUCUUCAAGAACCCAUCUCCGAUCACAUAGAUAUAUUACCCUUUUUCCGUUUCAUCAAACAAGGAUUUCAGUUUUAAAAGAUUCAUGUCGGAGAAAGGGGGAAGGCCAUUGCCAAAGUUUGGAGAAUGGGAUGUGAAUGACCCAACAUCAGCUGAAGGGUUUACAGUGAUCUUUAAUAAGGCUAGAGAUGAGAAGAAGACUGGUGGUGGUAAAGAUGAAUCACCAGCUAAGGAUCAUAAUCAUGGCAAGAAUGGAUCUCAAUCUGUGAAACCUACAGGUAAAAAUAAAAAAUGGUUCUGCUGUAUGCACAAUCCUCAAGCAGAAUCUUGAUGAUUUGUUUACAAGGCUGAAUGAAUGAAUGAAUCAAAUUGGAAGAGAAUGUUGGGUGAUUUCUUCUUCCCUGCUUAUUUGUUCAUAGUAGAAGCAUAUGGUGUCUUGAGUAAUGAUAUGUAUACUCUGAUUUGAUAGAAAUCAUUGUGUUUUAAAGCUACUUCCCUUGGGGGUAAAACAAUUAUGUUAAAACAAGAAAGACAAGUUUUUAUUUGUACUUAUUGGUUGUUCUUAUUUGUGGUGCUUUUUGUUUUUUGUGUUUAGAACUACUUGUUCUUCCUAGUCUUUAUUCUGAAGUGUAAUACUAUAUAUUUUUCCACUGAUUGUUUGGAAUACUCA